GUCCUUUUUGAGCGACAAAGUUCAACUACCACCGGCUUGCGGGGUAAAAGAUACCAGUCUUGGCCAUGGCAUAAAUAAAGACUAGGUGGUCUCCACUACAAUGUUUCCUGCAUCUCCUUAUCAGUACUCUAAUCACAUCUUUGGGCCAUCAAGUCAGCCCAUCAUGACUACCCACGCCAAUGAAAAAGAUCUCAACAUCAACUACCUCGAGCAAGUGGACACCAAUGGAGAUACAGCGUCCGACAAGAUCAACGAUGCACGUAUCGAAGCAUUCACUCCUGAGGAACAGAAGAAGAUUAUCUGGAGAAUUGACCGUCGAUUGGUCUUGACUCUUGGCUUCCUUUACUGUGUCAGUCUGAUGGACCGUACCAACACUGGCAUCGCUGUCGUUGCUGGUAUGGGUGUCGACCUUCUUCUCAUCAAGGACCGUUACUCGAUCAUUGUCCUCGUCUUCUUCAUUCCUUACGUCCUUUUCCAACCUCCAGCCACUGUCCUCCUCCGUAAGGUCGGCCCUCGCGCUUUCUUGCCUACCAUCACUCUCGCUUGGGGCAUUGUCAUGAUCGGUAUGGCUUUUGUCAAGACUUGGACCACAUUGAUUCCUCUCCGUAUCCUUUUGGGUAUUUGUGAGGCCGGUUUCUUCCCUGGAUGCGCCUAUCUGCUGUCGUGCUGGUAUCCCAGGUACAUGCUUCAGAAGCGUAACGCUGUCUUCUACCUGAUCGGCUCCCUCUCGUCUGCUUUCUCUGGUAUCCUUGCCUACGGAUUCAGCCAGAUGGCCGGUCUUGGUGUUGGUGACGGUCUUGGUGCUCACUACGGCCCUGACAAGCUCCACCCAACUCGCCCAAGAGGUAUUGGUCCCGGUCUUGCAGGCUGGCGCUGGAUCUUCAUCAUGCAAGGUCUCAUCACCUGCAUUCUCGCCAUUGGCGCCUACUUCACCAUUGUCAACUUCCCCGAGAAGUCCGCACACGUCAGCUUCGGCCCCAAGUUCCUGACACAAAAGGAGGUCGACUUCGUUGUAGCUACCAUUGAGAAGGAUCGUCAUGAUGCAAUUCCUGAGGAGUUCAAAGUUGGACAAUACCUCAAGAGUGCUGGUGACCUCAAGGUCUGGGGUUUCGCUGCUCUCUUCGGUCUCUCUACUACUGUUUCCUACGCCAUCGCAUACUUCUUGCCCAUCAUUCUCGAGGUCGGUAUGGGCUUCAACAAGCGUGACGCACAAUGCUUGAUUGCCCCUCCUUACGUGUUUGCCGCCAUGGUCACUUUCGGUUUCGCCUGGUUUGCCGACAAGUACCGUUUGAGAUCUCCCUUCAUUAUCGCCAACGCUUGUCUUAUGCUCGUCGGCCUUGGCUGUCUUGGAUUCACCAAGUCAGUCGGCGCUCGCUACUUUGGUGUUUUCCUCGCCACCGCUGGUUGCAACGCCAACGUCCCUGCCGUCCUCACAUGGCAAGCAAACAACAUCCGUGGUCAGUGGAAGCGUGCCCUUACCUCUGCCACCCUCGUCGGUGCUGGUGGUAUGGGUGGUAUCAUUGGUAGCACCGUAUUCCGCAAGCAGGAUCAGCCCGGAUACCGCCCUGGUAUCUACGCUUGCCUCAUUGCCAGUAGUUUGAUCAUUGUCAUCUCUCUGUUGUUGGACUUCAAGUUUUGGCGCGCCAACAAGAGAGCCGCUGCUGGUGGCAAGGUUAUUGAGGGUCUUCACGGCUUCAGAUACACUCUGUAAAUUGGGUCCGUAUUGUGUAUUUAUGAAUGAGAGUGGGUGACCCCAUGCUAUAAUUACGAAUCUAUUUUAUCAUUUCACAAAACGUCUUUCUCUCCUGAAAUUGCUCGUGUGAAGCCUAG